GCGUUAUAUAAUCAUUAUUUGUCAGUAAGGGUUACUAUUGUACAUUGACACACAUUUCAGUUCAUUUGUAUAUACUACAUAAUGAUUUAUUAUUACUAAGUUGACUUAAGAUGGAUUUUCGCUGGAUUAUUAUUAUAAGUAGCUUCUGUGUCACGUGUUGCUAUGGUGAUUAUACGUGUCUCUGUAACUAUAAUGUUGAAUUACCUAUCUAUACUAGCCCUGAUUUGGGAGCUCAAGUAAUAGGCUACAUGUACGAGUUCGACUGCAAGAAUCUUUUAUCAGAAAGCAAUCCAGAGUGGCCUUCCAUAGAAUUUGAACAUCAAUUGGGGUUCGUUAAAACAAAUGGCCAAGUGAGAAUUCAAACCUGUCCUGGAAGUGUUCCAACUGCGGAUAAAAUAGCAUCUACAACGCAUACACCAACAACUGUGUUGACAUCAACAGUAAAAUCAAGUCCGACAACUUUACCACUCACAACAACUACAAGAUCUACUACAGCUGUACCUUCUACCACAACAUCAUCUUCAAAUGCCUCAACUUCAGCUUUAUCAAGUUCUUCAUCCACAAAUUUAUCUUCCUCUACAACCCUCAGUUUUACUACUACUACAUCUUUAUCUCGAUCAAGUUAUCCUUCCUCAACAUCCAACUUAAGUACUUUUUUACUUUCAAUCCCAACUUCUUCAUCUAAUACAAAUUUAUCUAUGACAUCAACAUUAUCGUCUGAAACAAAUUUACCCGCGUCCUCAACUCUACCAUCUAAAACAACUUUAUCAACAGCAUCAACUUUAACGUCUUCAACAAUGUUAUAUACGAACUCAUCUUUACCUUUAACGUCAAUUUUAUCUUUAACAUCGACUUUACCGUCUAAAACAACUUUAUCAUCCACAGCCUCGACUUCGUCGUCCAACACAAGGGCUUCAACUUUACCCUCUAAUACAACUUUAUCUUCGAUCUCAACUUUAACGUCAAAAACAGAAUUUACUUCACUUAAGCCAAUACUGUCCUCAUUUUUGACAGCAGGCGUCGUGUCAACGUCUCUAAAAAGUUCAAACCAUUCAACUGCUGUAAGCGCAAAUGAGCGUAGCACAUCACCAGGUUAUACUAAUUAUUCUCAAAUGUAUCAGUCAACAAAUAAAUCAUCAUUUAGUAGUACAGCUGGAGUAAACACGAUUACAAUUAAAACGACGCCACCUCCAAAUUCGGCUUCAACUCCCUCUGAAAUAAUAACUAGAAACAGCUCAUAUUUAAGUUCCAAAUUUCCAAUGGAAAAUUCUUCUUUGCUUUCUCAUUUGCCUACAAAUCACACGUCUACAAGACAAACAAUACCUUCCAACAAAUCGUCAACGACUUACACACCAAUUAUAUCAUUCUCAAGUUCUUUAAAUUCUUCCAUUUCUUCCCCAAAUGCAGUGAGCCAGUCCUCUACAAACGGCAACCUCUUAUCAACAAUUUUAUCUACUCCAGAGACAGAGAAAACACCCAUAGCACAAUCAUCUACAACACAAGAAUGGGCAAUGACAAGUACAAAACAAGCAUCUUCGAAUUUUACUGCAUUCAGUCCUAGCAUUUAUUCAUCGAAUUUUCAUAACGUUUCUACUGCAAAACCAAGCUUAACUCCUUCCAAUUAUACCAGUUCAUUGAAAACAACCUCUGUCUCCACGCCAAUAACUAUCAUUUUGUCUAGUUCUGGUUCUACGGAGAAACCCAUGGUUUCAGAUCGGGUAGAUCUGUGCCCCUACAAAAACCUGGCAAUGUCAAUGUACAACAGGACGACGUACACGUACCCUUUAUUCCGACAGUAUGGAAAUUAUUGCUAUGAACUUCGCCUCAAGUUAGGCAAUUGGUUCGACGCGCAACAGGACUGUGUUUCACGUGGCGGAGAACUUGCCGUUAUACAGAAUAAAGAAGUUCAAGCACGUGUUUUUGAUUUAACAUCAUCAACAAAGUAUCAUAUUGAUGUUUGGAUAGGACUUCACGAUCUACAUCAAGAGGGAACGUGGGAAUGGGUGAAUGGAGCGAAGAUAAGCAAGUCAAGUUUUAACGAAGGUAUAUUGAUUAAUCCGGCUUUCACAGACAGCCAAGAUUGCGUGCUUAUGGAUGCGAAAUCUGGGGUUUGGAAAAAUACAGCCUGUACAUCUAUUUUAUUUGACGUACAGUCUUAUCCGUGGGUGUGCCAGUACAAAAUGACGUAACUAUUUGAUAUCGCUAGAACAAGCGCCGUCGUACAAGAAGUGGCAAUAUGAAUGCACUGUGGCAGCUCUAGGGAACAAAACAAUUAAUAUAAAAAAAGAUUGCUUCGUUUUAAUGUAACUUGAAGUGAUAAUUUAUUAUUAAGGCUAUUAGCGAUUAAUUAGUGACAAAUAUAUCGAUGAUAUUAAACUAUUAAUCUGUUCAACCAAGCUGUACAUUAGUAAAAGUUUAAGUACAUGUACAACAGCAGAGUAAAUGAAAAAAAAAAGUUUUACGAAAAGAUCUUUUACUGUGCACUAAAAUCUCACAGACAUUAAAACGACAAAUUGAAGCAUGGCACAUCUCCAGACAGUAGGUGUGUAUUUUACCUGAAGUUGGAAAUAAACAUCAAAUAUAUGUUAAUAUAGUAAAAAUGUCCAAUCAUACCGGGGAAAUAUAUAACUUUGAUUUCUAAA